AGUGGAUUCGUUAAAUAUUUUGAGAAGGUCACUCGACGCGUUUUGCAAAAAAUUAAAGAUAUAUGUUUUCGCCGUACUUUAAAUCAUAAAACUGAGAUCCCUCGUGAAGAACUGAACAAUAGGCCACUCAAUAGGCGACUCUCUUUUCAGGUAAUUCACAGAGCUAAACACAAUGAGCCGGCCAUAGGAGCAGCCCCCAAUUUGAGACCCAUCCCAAGCACGCGAGAGCGAAAUAGACCCUCGAGAAAAACAGAGCAAACCCAACGGAAUCCUUAGCUGCUUUUAACUGUUUGCCAAAACUCGAAGCACACGCAGGAAACACGAGUCUGGAGAAUGGUCAGAAAGCAAGUUGGAAUCGAACACAACGCAUCCCUAGCAGUAAGUCAACAGCAGGAUCAAAAGCAGCAGCAGGAUCAGAAGCAGGAGUAUCAGAAGCAGCAGGAGCAGCCGCAACAGCAGCAUAUCGACUUGGACUUGGAACCGAGUAGUAGCUACAACUACGCCCAACAGGCGCAGGCCACGUACGCCACCGCCCGCACCCUUGCCACCAGCUAUGAGCACGCUCCCGGUAGCUCCAGAAACUAUAGCCUGCAGCAUGCGCACCUCGCCACCAUGCCGUAUACCCAUCACACCGUGUCGCCGCCGAACACGGUCGCCAACUCCGGCACCAUCCUGCCAGUGGAGAUACCCAUCGAGGACGAGGAGCGGCUCGAACGCAUCUUCAAGCAGCUGGAUCGCGACGGUGAUGGCCGGAUCGACAUCCACGACCUGUCGGCGGCCCUGCACGAGUUUGGCCUGUCGAGCGUCUAUGCGGAGAAAUUCCUUCAGCAGUCGGACAAGGACCAAAGUGGCAACGUGGGAUUUGCCGAGUUCCUGCAUUACGUGCGGGAGCACGAGAAGAACCUGGUUCUGCAGUUCUCGCAUCUAGACAAAAACCGUGAUGGCAAAGUGGACUUGGAGGAACUGAUUUCCGCUUUCAAGGACCUAGGUCUGGAAAUUGACUUGGACGAGGCUAGGAAUCUGCUGACCAGAAUGGAUAAGGACGGCAGCCUGAACAUUAGCUUUAACGAGUGGCGCGACUUUAUGCUCCUGGCGCCCUCAACGGACAUACACGACUUGAUUAAAUUUUGGCGGCACUCUACUUACCUCGACAUUGGCGAGGAUAUGAAUGUACCUGAUGACUUCACACAGAAAGAGAUGCAGACGGGCCUCUGGUGGCGACACUUGGUGGCUGGUGGCAUAGCUGGUGCUGUUUCCAGAACGUGUACAGCCCCACUGGAUAGGAUCAAAGUGUACUUGCAGGUACAAACGCAAAGAAUGGGAAUCUCAGAGUGCAUGCAAAUCAUGCUGAAGGAAGGUGGAUCGCGGAGUAUGUGGCGUGGCAAUGGCAUCAAUGUGUUGAAAAUUGCCCCCGAAACGGCACUGAAGUUUGCCGCCUACGAGCAAAUGAAGCGUCUGAUCCGCGGAGAUGACGCCAGCCGGCAGAUGAGCAUCGUGGAACGUUUCUACGCUGGCGCUGCGGCAGGUGGCAUUUCCCAGACCAUCAUUUAUCCCAUGGAAGUAUUAAAGACGCGCCUGGCGCUACGGAAGACGGGGCAGUAUGCCGGCAUUGCCGAUGCGGCAGCAAAGAUCUACAAACACGAGGGAGCGCGGAGUUUCUAUCGUGGCUACGUGCCCAAUAUACUGGGUAUCCUGCCUUAUGCCGGCAUCGAUCUGGCUGUGUAUGAGACCCUAAAGCGGAGAUACAUUGCCAGUCACGACAACAAUGAGCAGCCCAGCUUUUUGGUGCUCCUGGCAUGCGGCAGUACAUCGAGUGCACUUGGACAGCUCUGCUCCUACCCGCUGGCGCUGGUGCGCACUCGGCUACAGGCACAAGCCGCCGAAACGAUUGCCAAUCAAAAGCGGAAGACGCAGAUUCCCCUGAAGAGCAGCGAUGCGCAUAGCGGCGAGGAGACGAUGACGGGCCUGUUCCGCAAGAUUGUGCGACAGGAGGGUCUGACGGGGCUGUAUCGCGGCAUUACGCCCAACUUCCUCAAGGUGCUGCCGGCGGUGUCCAUCAGCUACGUGGUCUACGAAUACACGAGUCGUGCGCUGGGCAUCAAGAUGUCGUGAGAUGUCUGCUCCUCUCCCAUAUAUCGAUCCGAUCAGGUUAACACGGCUCGGCCCAAAGCCCAUCGCACCGUCCGGUGCGGCCCCGCUCUGCAGGGCGGAUCGGGCUGCCUUCGGCGAUGCGAUUGGUGCUGGCGCCGUGGCUGUCGCUGUGCUCCUCCAUUUUGUAUAGUAGUAGAGGUAGACUAAGUCGGGCGGCGCCACCUGCCACUCUCUCCGCUCUCUGCCGCAUCGAGACAGACUCGUGCAGCUGCUUUCCUUAAGUGUAAAGAGAAGAAAAACAGGCCUCUUCCAUGUUCUGGGUUAAUCCUUUUUUAAUUUAUAGUUAAAUUAGUUUGGUUAUUUUCUUAAAAUACAAAAAUAAGUGAUACUACGGCUAAUUUAUUUGUAAAUGCGAGAAAAUGUUAUGGAAGACGCGAGCAAGAGUCCCUCAACACAUUUCUUAGGCUAUCCGGCGACCUAACUCAUAAGUGCUAAUUUAUUUACAUUUGUACGUAGGCUAUGUGGCCAGCAAACUGCUCGCAGUGCUAAACACACAUACCAAAAACGGCGGAACGGGCUCCUAGUCUGUCCCAUCCGACGGCUUUCGAAGGCAAAAAUUAGAAAUCAGAGUGAGCGAAAGGCCAGGGAAAUCAGAGAUCAGCGAAUUCGGCAGCGUUUUAAGCUUGUGUACACACAAAAGACAUUAAACACGACGAUGUACUCGUUUCUGCAUAGAUUAAUGGAUUACACAAAAUAAUGAGAAACACUUAACGUUUACAAUGUGAUGAUAAUAGUUAAUAAUAUACACAUAUAUACAUAUAUACCUACUAUAAUACCGACUUGUACGCUUCGGAGCUGUCGGCGGCGAGGCUGAACUUUUGUAGCAUUUUAUUUGUUAAGUUUAGUAACAUUUUCUCCUAGAUCGUAUCGCAACGCAAAAAGAAAGCCAACGAGAUUAAUUGUGACUAAAGCUAACAAAGAAAACAAGAAGAAACGAGCGAGAAACAUCCUCCACACACCAUGUAAUUUAUUUAUAUAUAUCAUGAGAAUCUAAACCCGACCAGUCCUAAGUUCAAUCCUAUUUUAUACAUUGUAAUAAUAUUGAAUUUAAAAGUAUGUAUGUAUCAUUUGUACCCUACUCUUAAUUAGCCAAUUGAAUUUUUGUACGUCUAGUGAAAAUACUGACUCUUUAAAUAUGAUUUUUCAUUUUCCUAAACUAUGUACCGCAUUUUAAACACACCCUAUCAUUAGAACCAUUUUUUACCCAUUUAAAUGAAGUUGAUCACUGAAAAUCAUGCAACCAUUUUUCGAGCAAAUAAAUACAAUAAUUAAAAUGAACUUUAAACACAAA